AUAACGUUUACAGCCGAAUGGCAACCGGUUGUGUGCAUUAGUUUUUCUCUCUUGUUUGUUUUCAUUUUGUGAAGCAUUUGUUGAUCGUUUUAAAGUCAAUGUAAUUAGUUAAAUUGCGAAAAAUGGCGCAUUUAACGGGCACACGAGUCAGCAUGUUCAACGAGUCGUUUCUAAACGACAAUGAACACGACUCCAAUGCGGUGCUCAUGGAACUGGACAAGGGACUCCGGAGUGCCAAGCAGGGAAUCCAAUGCGAGGCAAUUGUUCGAUUUCCACGGCUCUUUGAAAAGUAUCCCUUUCCCAUACUGAUCAACUCGUCGUUCAUUAAGCUGGCCGAGUUCUUUGUGAGUGGCUCCAAUCUGCUGAGAUUCUGGGUGUUGCGUGUGUGCCAACAGAGCGAGAAUCACCUGGACAAGAUUCUCAACAUUGACAACUUUGUGCGUCGCAUAUUUAUGGUGAUGCACUCCAAUGAUCCGGUGGCGCGUGCUCUGCUGCUCCGCACCCUGGGCGCCGUCUCUCGUGUGAUCCCGGAGAAGCCACAGGUGCAUCAUGCGAUUCGUCGUGCACUCGACAGCCACGACACCGUCGAGGUGGAGGCAGCCAUAUAUGCCAGCAGCUGCUUUGCCGCCCAGUCCAGCUCCUUUGCCAUCAGCAUGUGUGCCAAGAUCUCGGACAUGAUUGAAUCCCUGCAGGUGCCGGUGCCCAUGAAGCUGCUGCUCAUUCCCGUGCUGCGUCACAUGCAUCACGACGCCAACACGGCGGCACUGGUCAGCAAACUGUGCCUGGAACUGUUGCCCAAGUAUCCGGCUCAGAGUUUCGUGGUGGCCAUCAUUAAUACACUGACCCAGUUGUCGUCCCGCACUCUCGUCGGCGUUCCUGGCCAGCUAAAUGUACUGCUUGACUUCAUGGAGGAUCUGCGCACGCCGGUGCGCAUCCAAGUGCUGCGAUCCUUCAACGAGUUGGCCGGAAAGCAGAGCGUUAAUGCCUGGCCCAAACCUGCCAUUGGAGCACUCAUAAGCAAGUUCAAUCUCUGCACAAACGGUGCGGAGCAGUUCCUGUUCCUCUCCAUACUCCUCAAGCUGAGCGAGUGCCCCUUGACCUGUCAGCAGCUCCUGCUGGAGCAUCGCGAGGCUCUGCUGCGUCUCUGCGUGCAGUGCAUCAGCAAAUUGGAUGACUAUACCACGGCUACCCAGGCAAUGGCUGUGCUCUCCGCUCUGGUGGCCUUUGGGCUCAAGAAGCAGGUGACACCGGUGGACGACAUACUCGACGUGGUCAAUCUGCACAUGGAGGGAGUGCUCCUGUGCACGGCUCGUCGGGCGGAGUGCACCCGAGAUCUGCGACGUGUGCUUACUUACGGCAUUCGCAUCACCCAGGCAAAUGCGGAGUUUGGUGCCGACUUCAUUGAGAUGGUGGCCAAUACGCUGGGUGACAACGUCGUCUAUCCGCCGGCCAAUGCCCAGCUAAUCUGCGAGGCCCUCGUUGGACUCUGUGAACACUUCCAGCUGCGCAAAUAUGCCUUCUCUACAGUUGAGGGACUAGAAGAUGAGGCAGCCAUGGAAACUGACGAGCCAGCCAUGCAACCAUCCAAGGUAAAUCCUCUGCUGGCUCAGCUGCCUCUCAUCCUGUACAAGCUCAACAAAGUGGCGGAAAGCGACGAUGAGCCGGAGCAGCAACUGCGCACUGUGGAAAUCCUCAGCGCCUUGGUCUGCCAAACCACAAUGGGAUGCUAUCUGCCCCAGCAAGUGGUCCAGUGCUUCGAGAUCUGCAUCGAGCGUGUCAACUGUUGGACUCUUUACCGGAUUGCACGCACUGCGAGUCGUUAUGGUCAUCACUACGUUGCUGCGCACAUCUAUACGAAGGUCUCCCAGAUUGUCAUCAGUGAUCACAUGCACUAUUUUCUGGUUGCGCUCUCCCAGAUCUCGCAGGCCGAGUGCAUCCUCAACUAUGGCUUGGAGUAUGCGUACAUGCGGGAUAACUAUGCACCCACAGAGGCACCGGAGCCAUUGUUGCCCCUGAUGAAACGCCUGGAGACGGCCAGCAAUCUGUAUCAACAGGCAUUGGCCAGCAUGCGUGCCUGCUCCUCACCGCAGCAUCCUUGCAGCUUUCAGCUGGAGUAUCUGAAGAUUCGCGCCCAGUUCCUGCAGACACUGCAUCUAGCGGUGACUGUGAAGAAUGCCCAGGUGAUUGUCCCGCCUCCAGCAAUUGCGGGCAGCCUGGCACAGAAUUCCCGUGACUAUCUGCAAAAGUUUGGACAUGUGACGAAUCAGCUGCGCAAGCUGGUCAAGGCUCUCAAGGCCUGUGAGGAGACAUACGCCCGCCUCUACAAGUCCUCCUUUGAUGCGGAUAAUGUGACGUUGGAGUUUCUGGAAGUUGCCGAAUUUCAGUGUGCUCUCUUCGCGCACAUUAUCGAAUCCAUUUGCUAUGCUACGCCGCCAGAGCCACCCGUCUUUCUGACCACAGGCAAUCAUCCAGAGACACGGUACUUUGCAGCCAGCUGCCAGCGCAUGGAGCAGAUGCAGAAGAAUCUGCCACAGGAGCUGCCCAAUGCCAAGACCAUUAGCAACAGGCAUCUGGACGUAAUCAUUGCAUUGAUCGAAAUCAUAACAAAGACGCCGCAUUGCCUGCCGCGUUACUUCUUCCAGAUACUGCAGUCCACACAGAUUAAGCUGUCGGUUAGUCCACAGCCUCGCAGUGCCACGGAGCCGGUGAUUGUGCAGUCGGGCAGCAAUCUGGUCAUCAAGGUGGAGGGCGUCUUGCAGCACUUUAGCAAGCAGCAGAAACACUUCCGACGCGUCGACUCCGUGCAGCUGAGUCUCACCUCGCAGCUGAUGACGCCGCGUCCUGGAAACGAGCUGGGGAAGCUGCCCAACAAUGACACCGUCACACUCAACCAAAUCGUCAAGCCACAGCGUGAUUUCCUCUCUGGCAGCUUUCUGCUGCCCAUCUCAAGUGGGGGCCAGUUUCAGGUCACGCUGGAAACAUUUGUCAUCGAUGAGCACGGCAUCACCUGGUGCACUGGUCCCAAGAGCUCAAUGGUGGUUCGAGUGCUGGACGAUCCAACGAAGCCAGCAACAGCACCAGUGGCCAGUACUUCGCAGGCUGUAAGCCAAGCUAGGCGUUUCUAAAAUAGCUCUUUGACUUUACAAAAAUAAAAUGAAAUUCAAAAGGCGCGGCUAAUCUAUCAAUCAGGUAGCACUGCGCUGUGCCUUAGUGGCAAUGCUGCGGUGUUUUGUGUGAAUGGCAAAGCAGCUGUUUCACACUUGCAAUCGUGCUCUUCACCGUGAUGUUUUCACAUUUGUCGUUGUAAUAAACAAUGUAAAGAGAAUAUAAAAAGGAAUUUUUUCAAAUUAAGCGAGAUAUGCGGGUGUGUUUAGUGUUAGAAGAGCAGACUCACACUAAAUGGAGUUUAUCGUGAGCAGCAGCAGCAGCAGUAGUUUAUGUUUUAUAUUGUGUACCAUUAAAAACUGCAGCUAGCUAGCAAGUGGGUUUUAUGUUGCGAUUGUGAAUUUUAAUUGAAAUCAAUUAGGCGCACACACCAAAUAACGCACGUAGA